UAUAUAUACUUUCCAAUAUUCAACUUUUCGCACGUGAUCCAUAUAUAUGCAUACCUAGUUUUUCGCACGCUCAUAAACCUCUCUCUCUCUUCCUUCUUCAAUCCAAUCUCUAUCUCUUUCCUUGCGCUUCAAGCAUUCAAGAUUUUUUAUCUUUAAUGUCAGUUUCAGCAAACCUACUCGAUGAGAACUCUCGCGACUUGCGAAAAGAAGUACCUUGUGAUGAUGAAAUUGGAUCUCCAAUCAACGACGACGAUGAAGAGUUCCCGACUACAAGUAUUAGAGUUCUUUUGGUAGAUGCAGAUUCCAAUUCUUUACUUCCCAUGAAGAAUCUCAUGAUACAGUACUCCUAUCAAGUAACGAAAUACGAAGACGGAGAAGAGGCCAUGGCUUUCUUGAUGAAGAAUAAGCAAGAAAUCGAUCUAGUGAUUUGGGAUUUCCAUAUGCCCGAUAUCAAUGGACUCGACGCUCUCAAUACCAUUGGUAAAGAGAUGGAUUUACCCGUAGUAAUCAUGUCUCAUGAUCACAAAAAGGAAACGGUGAUGGAAUCGAUUAAGUACGGCGCGUGUGACUUUCUUGUGAAGCCGGUGAGCAAAGAGGUCAUUGCAGUUCUAUGGCGACAUGUUUAUCGCAAAAGGAUGUCAAAAUCUGGUUUAGAUAAACCGGGUGAAUCAGGUACGGUUGAAUCAGAUCCGGACGAAUACGACGAUUUAGGGCAAGACAAUCUCUAUCAGAGCAACGAAGAAGGCUCCAAAAACUCUUCCGAUCAAAAAGGAGAGAAGCCUGCGACCAAGAAACCGCGGAUGCAAUGGACUACUGAACUUCACCACAAAUUUGAAGUAGCCGUCGAAAAACUCGGCAGCCUUGAGAAGGCUUUUCCGAAGACGAUUCUCAAAUAUAUGCAAGAAGAAAUGAAUGUCCAGGGGCUCACUAGAAACAACGUAGCCAGUCAUCUUCAGAAGUACCGUCAAAAUUCAAAACAAAAGACCCGCACUCACCAGGAGCCCCAAGAAGAUUUUUUCUGGCGUAAUGCUGGGCCAGAUGCCACUCUCGCAGCCUCUAAUCCGCCCCUAAGCUCGAACCUCAAUAUCCAUGCUACCGCAUCGUAUUUGAUGAACAAUCAAGCUGCGCCUAGAGCAUCAUAUUUCAUGAACAAUCAAGCCGCAUCCCCAAUCCCGUAUCCAUCAAACAGUUGCCUGCCAAUGAACAACAACAACUACUUCAUGACCAAACCUUUCACUUAUAUUGACCAAUUCCAGCAGCAGCAACAACAGUACCAUUCGUCUCUAAAUUUACCCUCCAUGCUAACCAAGCAAGAACCUAGACACGUGCCAUUAUCAGCCAUGGAAAAUUUCGAUACGCCCAUGAUCUAUAAUUCAAGUUUCCAUUUCGAUCACGACGAGUAUUUCCCACCUGAAGGAUUCAACAAUUUCGAUCAGAUUGGUCAGAAUUGAUUCUCCAAUCUAAGGUGAUACAUCUAUAUAUCUAUCGUAGUUUUUUUUUUUUUCUCUCUCUCUCUACCUCUACUCUCUGAUUAAUUAAUUUCUCGUAAAGGGAUCUUUUUAUCCCUCAAACGCGAAUAGCAAUACCUUGUUGCAAUUUGCAUUCGUAGCCCUUUUUUUUUUUUUUUUUUUUUACUUUGGUCGGACCUAUAUAUGGUUUAAUAGUGAGUGAUCUAUAUAAUCACUUGCGUAGAUAUAAAGUUGAUUUGGUCAUGGUUAAUCUCAAUCGCAACAUUGAUAGUACUCAUUGUGUUUGGAUUUUGUACCUUUGUAUUCGGAUGCUCAGAGUCAGAGGCUUUUUAAAAGGUUCUUUAUA